AUGGUCCGACCCUGGUUUUUGCUCGCAGUAGCGACGGCUCUGUUUCCCGCUGUCGUUUAUCCAGUUGGUACUGCUGCCGCUGGUCUUGUGUCGCAUGACGGGGCCGGUUCAGCAAAGGGACUGGGGCAAGCCGCCGUUGGUGCUUGCAACUCGAACAUUGGGGACGACUACGCUGUGGUGAAUCCACUUCAGUGGAACGUGUCGGACAGCUGCAACACGUGCGUCCAGGUCUUUUGCAAUGAAGCUCGGUGUGCAUCGACAGGCCCCGUGGUGCUUCACGUGGUGGACAAGUCUCCCGAUUGUCUGGAAAACGGCUUGGACAUGUCUUCGGAAGCGCUUAAGAAACUGACCGGAAGCAAUGAAGCAGCUCCGUUUACUAUCAGGUGGGGAUUUGUGACGUGCCCUACGACGACCGACAAGAGUAAGCCUGAAACCCCGUACAAGGCCGGGAACGUCGAGCCAGCCAAAGGGUCGACGCAGGCCGUGUCGAUCCUGCAGGAGACCGACCAGAACGUGGACAAGACGUCCAACCACCAGCUCGUGAUUACGAAAUUCGAGUCUACGGACGACGCUAGAUCAUCUGGCACGAGUCCUUACUUCGUGGUGUUUGCGGUUCUGGUCGCUGUGUGCGCUUUCGCUCUGGUCAUGGUUCUUCUAACGGUUAUAAGGAAGAAACGGCGUGGCAAGAGUUCUGUGUGCACGACUCGGUCUUUCGACACGUUUGACUCACCGGCGAACAAGCGACCCAGUAUCGUCAAGUUUUGA